AUGCCCGAGGAUUGUGUUCAGGCUGCUUACCAACCCCGCCAAAAUUUUCCGGCUUGCUCCACCAAAAAUUCCGAAUCAAACAUUCACCGACGAAAACGCUACCCUCCCGCGCUGCAUCGUACCUUUGAGAUGAGCACCAAGGACGCGAUGACACGCUUACCAGACUAUGUUACCCUGCCCGCCGACACCCUGGAUGAUGGCCCCGGCGAGACCAUCGAGGAGCGGUGCUUCUCGGCUGCCCUCAUCUGUCUUGAGGGGCACUACACCCAGGCACCUCCCAUGGGCCCUCAGACAACCACUAGGGUGAGCUCCAUGAUCUCAAAGACACUGGAGAAGACACACACACUCAGGAAAGCCCGCGAAGCGCUCUCGAGGAACGUCGCUAUAUGGAUAUGGCUCACGCGGAUAUUUGCUGCCGCCAUCCCGAGCUUGACCACCAGAUCUGUUGGGCCCCUGUCAAGCCUGAACGACCCGGAUAAGGGAGUCACCCCACAGGAAAGCACGGCUCUGAUCGUCAUGAACCAUGCAUCUAUCAAGGAAGACCUCGGGACUCUCAUCAAGCUCAUGCACAUUGCCCGGAACCUCCUCGUUAACGCCGAGCCCGAGGUACCUCAGGACAUUUGUGCCGCGGUUCAUUUCGACCAAAUGGUCUACCAGACGAUCAUCCUCUGCGUCAACGUCACAAGCAAGGGCUACGAUGGCGAAAUAUUGGAUGAGACCCAGAGGCUAAAGCUCGGCGACAUCACGGAACUAUACAAAAAGCUGCUCGUAACCUCUCUGCAGCAGGCUCAUAACUGGACCGCCAAGCAUGACCGGAACAAGAUGUCCUUUUGGUUCGAUGUACUGUUCGAUGAUGAUGGAGCACUGUCUGGAUCGGAAGAAGGCCUCGGAGACGGCUCAGGAUUCCGCCCCAACGUCGCAAAACAGCAGGUUCAGCACUGGCUCGACCGAAACUCGAAGAUGUGCGAGACUGCGAGAAACCUCUUGAAGGAUUACGCACAGAACCAAGCAGACAAGCCCCCGGGCAACCUAGCACCUAUCCGACCGUUGGCAUGGAACUGGCUCCCAGAUGGAUCCGUCGAUGUUCCGGGUGACGUAGGAGACAGUGAUGAGAAGAUCAACCCCGUCUGGAAGCCUGACGAAACGGACAGGUUUGAGCAAGACCGGGCCUACGGCCGAGUAUCUAGAGAGAUCGAUACCUGGUGGCUCCGUGCUCGCGAUCCUAACUACGAGGACUGGGUUGUUGGAAUGCCCUCUGUUGAAUUUGCCCAGAGUCGCACAGAGCACUGCCGAAACAACCUGGUGCACCGCUAUGCUCAUUCUUAUGGGGGAGAACAUUCGCCGCCACCAGGAACCGUCGAGGAGGAGCUGUCGGACCACGAACAUUGCCAUCACUGCGAGCAUGAGCAUGAACACGAUGAGCACGAGCACGAACACGACCAUGAACACGAUGAGCACGAGCACGAGCAUGACCACCACGAGCAUGACCACGAGUGUGAAUGCGAAUAUGAACACGACCAUCACCAUCACCAUCAUCACGACCAUGAUCACGAUUAUGCGCACGACUACGUGGAGGAUAUGAUGGACGAUGACGAAGCCGACGACGACGAAUCCUACGGGGAGGGCCCGCUAACUGGCUUGUUGACUGAAGUGCCAAACAUUCUGGAUCCUAAGCAAAUCGAGGCGUUGCACAUGAUUGUCAAGUCAUGUAUCUUGGACAACGCUGGGUCAGGACUCACUCGGGCAGGCGAGAACUUGCAAAAGACUCGGUGCAGAAUGUUCCUUGCUCUGGACUGCGGGAAGAGCCUGCUCCGAGAGAUGCUAGUGUUCAUUGCGGUCUGGGAGAAGGAUGAGCAAUCCCUCAUCUUCCAGGUCACCACGCAGAUAGUCGAAGCGCUCCACCACAGCGCCUUGAUCCCAUAUGCGUGGAACUCUCUCCGGAUACCCAAGGACAUCAUCUCGCCUGCCCAAACGGUCUUGCUGCGGCUUGUAAACCACAUGUUCCGAGCUCGUGUUAACAACCCAUCCUCCCAAGAGGCUAAGGAUAACACUCGAGACAUCAAACUGGUCCACUUCUUCUUCAGCUUCUUCCGGAGUCGAAUCGUCCCUGAAUGUGCGGCUCUCAUGCACCUCCAGGCUCAAAUUCGCGAGGAGAACUGUGACCCGUCAGAAUUCCCCGUGGACUCCUGGGAUAUGGAAAGGGCAAAGGACGGCCUGGCCCAGUAUCUCGACUUCCUUACGACGGUGGCCGAGAUGAUGGACACAAGGGCGAAGCUCAUCGAAUGGGAGUCCGUGUACGAUCUAAUCACAAUUCUCAGUGGACUCGAGGCUGGGGUGCCCAAGAAGCCUCUGAUUGAGCUACCCAAGCGAUCACCUCGGAGCGAGAAUGGCGGUAACCCGAUGGUCGAGCGACCGUAUGCGGCAGCAGAUGACAGCCACUCUCCAUCACCACCGCCACCACCUCUGCAAGAGCCUGCACAUAAGUUCCCAUGGUCUGGAAUUAAGGGCCAGAUCUUUACCAUUAUUGCCACGCUUCUGCAACCGCCGCCGGGUCAGAGCAGCCCUGGAAAUCCCGAUGUCCAGAUGCAGAUGGUGAAGUACAACGGAAUUGUGCCACUGCUCAACUGCUGCGCAUAUGACGACCACAAUCCCUUCGCCAAAGAGCGGGUAACGAUUUGUCUCAAGUGGUUGUUGGAUGGAUGCGAAGCGGCGAACAAUUUCUUCCGGGAGCUUGUAAACCUCGCGCCACAGCCCAAUCUCAGACCUCCUCCCGGCGGUACGACCGUAUCCACAAUAAAGGUCGAUGGAAUCGAAGGGGAGGUCAAGGUACAAGUUCGGUCGAACACUGCAGGACCGGCAGGUCAGGAUACGGAGGACAUCGUGGGCGGUACGAACAGGUUGAACCUCAAUCAACCAAGCGGCCGAGGCAGUAUUGAGGAUGAUUUUAUGGCGUGA